CUUCAUUCAGAAGAAAAUAAAAACAAAAUCUAAUCAUUGCGUAAGUUUGAGCCGACAAAUAGAUUUUUCAGUCAGCUUCGACUAAUGUCUCGUAAUUCUAAACUUUAGGAAAAAAAACCUGUAAAGCUAACAAAAAUUCAAUUUAGAUUUGCAUCUAAAGAAAAUAUUGCAAAACUAAGAUGUCGGACCGCAAAGCAGUUAUCAAAAAUGCAGACAUGAGCGAGGAGAUGCAACAGGAUUGCGUGGAUUGUGCAACACAGGCGCUGGAGAAGUACAACAUUGAGAAGGACAUUGCGGCCUACAUUAAAAAAGAGUUUGACAAGAAGUACAAUCCAACCUGGCAUUGCAUUGUCGGUCGCAACUUUGGCUCCUAUGUGACACAUGAGACACGUCAUUUUAUCUACUUCUACUUGGGUCAGGUGGCUGUGUUGCUCUUCAAGAGCGGUUAACGAAGGGAAAAUGUGUCGCAUAUGCAACUCUUAUACUACAAUAUUCCAAAUAAAGCAACGCGCAAUUGAAAGAUAAAGAAAAACAAAA